UUGAAUAAUAAUAUUAGUUGUCAGGUACAUGAGUGAUAGCAAGCCUAUAAAAUUUUCAAAACAAGAAUAUAAGCAGCCAGGCAGUAGUAAAAUUCAAGACCUCUCCCAGUGGUGCAUAUCAGAAAUAACUCAAGGACAGUUAUAUGGCACUUUAAUGCAGAGUUUGGGCAGGUUGAGAAUCUCAAUAAUUGUAGUGCCUGAAGCUGUAGAGAAGGAUUAUAGUAUCAUUAGUAAGCUUCUCUACCAAUUUUUCUUUCAAAUAUCCUAUAAAAAUCCAAAAUAUGCAAAAUUUUGAUUCGGCUAGGUAACCUUAGAGUGUCUUAUCCUAUUUACAUACUUACUAUUCCAAAAAUUUAUUUACAUCAGUAAAUAAGUUGGAGUACCUUUGUUCUUCCUUUUGAAGGUCAUGUUGGAAUCAUGAAUGCAGAGUUACAUAUUCUCCAGCCUUCUUAGGCUCACCAAAUAUUAAGGCAAUAAAGGGUAUUCCUACCCAAUGCUUAAUUUCCAAAUAUCAGCUGAUAGUAUUUCAAA